CUGCACACAAGUUUCAUUUUCUUUUUCCUUGGAGCGGAUGGAGGCAGGCGGCUGGGACUCUUUCCGCACUGUAAGCAGCUGAUACCGGCCCGGCUGAGCGGGGACGCCUUCCCUUGUGGUUCUGAGGUGCUAGAGGUGCAAGGCUCAGUCAGCCUUGUCCCAGGCCACCUGCCCAAGGCUGCAGUGCAGAGACCAGCUGCACCCCAGGGCCACUGGGCUCCUUGCCACCACUGUCGGCAUGGCUGAGGCCCCUGCGGACCCCAGCGCAGGAGCUCCUGCAGUGUGCACAGCCCGAAGAUGAGAGAGCCAGGCCAGCAGCAGGAGUCCCUCGUGGUCAGUCUUCAGAGGUCCCCCAUACAGGCCACACCCCGUACGGCUGGGGGACAGCUUCCCAGAGGAGACGGCAUCUGAGCAAGACCAGGGAUGGACACCGGGCAGGUGGAUGGGAGCUCGGCUCCAAGGGCAAGGACCAGCUGGAGCAGAAGAUCCUGCAGGCCCUGAGGAAGGCCGGCUCCCCGAUGCGCACGCCGCUGCUCGUGAGGGAAUGUCAGGUGCCCAAGCAGCAGCUCAACCGGGUCCUCUACCAGAUGCUGAAGGAGUCCAAAGUCUCUCUCGUGGCCCCUGCGACCUGGAGCUUGGGCGGGGGUGAUCCUGGUGCCCUGGUUCCCGCACAGCCAGCCCAGCCCAGCAUCGCCCAGAAGCACCAGCAAGACUCAGCUGCCACCUCCGAGGGUCCCGGCCCCCAGCUCAGCGGCCUCCAGCAAAGGAUCUACAGGUUUCUGGAGGCCAACGGGCCCUCCAGGGCCCUGCACAUCGCCAAGGCCCUGGGCCUGGUGACGGCGAAGGACGUGAACCCAGACUUGUACAAGAUGAGCAGUAAACGCCUUCUGAGCUGUGAUGAGAAGACCAAAGAGUGGAAGGUCUGUGGAGCAGAAGAUUCCGGAAGAAGAAAUCUGUCAGCCACCGUGGUUUACCAGCAGAAUCCAAUCAACAUGAUAUAUCAGAGCCAAGUCUCUAUUGCGAACUCAGAAGCCACACAGAUUGGACAUGGGAAUGUCAUAGUGAAACAGGAGAAGAACGGUGCCGUGUCGCCUCGCCGCCCCCCGCCAGUGGUGCCGGAGGACUCCUGGGGACCCCAGAACAUCCACAUGGAGCGCUCCAUGCUCCGGAGGGUGCAGGUGGGGCACGGCAACAAGAUGGAGCUGCUCGGAGUCCCGUCCGGAGGCCCCGCCUGCAGCCCCUCCAGAGGCCCGCCAGAGGGGGAUCCCAGCGCGGGCUUCCAAGGCAUGCCCUCCCGGCUGAGGGUCCCGCAUGCACAUGGACGGCAUCACACACGGGCACAGUGCAGCCCUUUCAGUGCCAACCGCCCGGGCAUCAGCCCAGCCACCCACCCACCAUCCAACGCCGUCAGCCCCGGCUCCUGGGUGCUAGCAGCCUUCCUGCCGCUCAGAGCCAGCACUGCCCACAGGUCUCAGGGACUCUUCAGCCGCGAGAGGCAGCCACUGUCGGUGAUUCUCCACGACCCUAUCACUGUGUGGCUGCUGGACACUUUCAGCAUUAGCCAUCCCCACUGCUGGCCACUUUGGAGCCCAGCUCGGCAGAUUCUGCUUGAGGCAGGAACCACGAAGAGACUGACGCAUGCACCUGGAGGGCUUCCCCAGCAUGUGUGCUACAGCACGGGGGGAACUGUGUGGACUGAACCGGGAGGGACCCAGGGUGGCCGGGAGGCCUGCAUCCAGCGGUCGUCAGCUCCAGGGGGCUGAGGAGGCUGCAGAGGACUCGGCAGAGUCACCCAGGGUGGGACUGUAGCUGCUCACACCUAAUGCUGACCCCUGCCGGAGCACGCACGGGGUCCCCACGGCGAGGAAGAUGCCGGGCAUCCACAGGAUACAGGAGCUUUUAGGGAGCACUCACCAGCCUUUCUCUGACCCGCAGUCUCGGCUACUGCUGCUGGUGCAGAUGCCUGCUUUGAAGCCCAAGUGCCGGAGCCGGGCUCUCACCCUGAGGGGCACAGGGUCCAGAGAAUUCGCAUCAAAUCCUGCCAUCUUGAGGAUGCCGCCAUCGGCAACAGGAACAAGAUGACCGUCAGCG